GGCAAGGGAAAUGCCGACCAAUUGCGCUGCAGCGGGCUGUGCUACUACCUACAACAAGCACAUAAACAUCAGCUUCCACAGGUUUCCCUUGGAUCCUAAAAGAAGAAAAGAAUGGGUUCGCCUGGUUAGGCGCAAAAAUUUUGUGCCAGGAAAACACACUUUUCUUUGUUCAAAGCACUUUGAAGCCUCCUGUUUUGACCUAACAGGACAAACCCGACGACUUAAAAUGGAUGCUGUUCCAACCAUUUUUGAUUUUUGUACCCAUAUAAAGUCUAUGGAACUAAAGUCAAGGAAUCUUUUAAAGAAAAACAAGAAUUGCUCUCCAGCUGGACCAUCUAAUUUAAAAUCAAACAUUAGUAGUCAACAAGUACUGCUUGAACACAGUUAUGCCUUUAGAAAUCCUAUGGAAGCAAAAAAGAGGAUAAUUAAACUGGAAAAAGAAAUAGCAAGCUUAAGAAGAAAAAUGAAAAUUUGCCUACAAAAAGAACGUAGAGCAACUCGAAGAUGGAUCAAAGCUACAUACUUGAUGAGAAAUUUAGAAGCAAAUAACGUAUUACCUAAGGGCACAUCGGAACACAUUUUACCAACUGCCUUACGCAGUCUUCCUUUGGAAGAUUUCAAGAUUCUUGAGCAACAUCAGCAAGAUAAAACAUUACCAAUUCUCUAAAUCUAAAAGAAAUCAAGAGUACCUUCUCUUAAGUGUAUCUUGCACAGAACUCAGUGCCCAUCCACCAUUCUUUUCAGAGGAUUGUGAUAGUAAGCUUCAAACUCAUGUUUUCUAUGCACAGAAAAGGAGUCUGUAACAAAGACAAUUAGGGUGCUUUGAAGGAAAAGAGAAGACAUAUCCUGCAAGCAGACUGCACCACAAGAACUAAAGGACAGUGGCCACAAGGUCAAUCGCUGCCAUCUUUUUGUGUCUUUGAUGGUUGACCCAGGUAGUCACAGUUGAUCUCGUGCUAGAAGACUGGUUUCAGGUACCACGUUUUUGGCAUGCUGUCGUAUCAGAAGAUAGAUACCAAGCGCAAGGCUCGGUUUAAUCCGGUGUCAGGCUCCAGUGCUCCUGUUCUGCACCAGUGGUUAAAGUCUCAACUGAUAGGUUGUAGGUGCUCAUAUCCUUGUUUUCCAUGACAGAUUUUGACGACAAUAUAUACAAAAUAUAUAUAAAGAUGAUUACUAAUAUAGUAAUAUUGAGCUUGAUCAUUUGCAUUUCCUUAGCUUUCUGGAUUAUGUCAAUGACUGCUAGCACUUAUUACGGU